GCCUUCUCACCGAGCCAUUCCCUUCUCCUCCUCGCUCAUCCUCCCUCGGAGCCCGUGGCCACAUCCUCCAGCACGCGUGCCGCCAGGCUUGGCCAACCAAGCGGCGCGUCCCGGGACGGCCCUUGCCCAACCAGCCCGCCAGGCGUGCGCCGCGGGAGUCUCCCCGCACCUUUUUUUUUUUUUUUUUUCCCCCCCCCUGGGGGCUGGAGCGCCGGGCUCCGCCCCAUGGUCGCCUCGAGCGAGCUCCCCGCAGCCCCGGGCUGCCGCCGCUGCCCCUAGCCCGGCGCUCCUGCACGCUCGGGGCAGCCUGGGGCGCGGGUGGCGAGUGCAGGGCGGGGAGCGGCGCGGAGGGGAGGGGAAGGGAAAGAAGAGGAGGGCAGAGGAGGAGAGAGCUGGGGAGCUGAGGAGCAGAGGCGGGCGCCGCACCGCCCCGCGCCCCGCACGCUCACUGGCUCCGGAGACGCGCGGGCGGGCUCCUGGGCGCACUGGCUGGGUCACCUUGUCCGGGAGGAGAAAUGGGUCCCAUGAGGCAAGUGUGACCCUGGAGUGCAGCCUGCCAGCCUUACACCCAGUUGAGGAGGGAGAGCACCAUGGAUGGCAUAAUUGAACAGAAGAGUGUGCUGGUGCACAGUAAAAUCAGUGAUGCUGGCAAGAGGAAUGGCUUAAUUAACACCAGAAACUUCAUGGCUGAGAGCAGAGAUGGCCUGGUGUCUGUUUACCCAGCACCACAGUACCAGAGCUGCCGGGUGGUGGGCAGUGCAGCGCCAGCCACCCUGGACAGCAGCAGGAGUGAGCCAGUACAGCAGCUGCUGGAUCCCAACACCCUUCCGCAGUCUGUGGAGUCCCAUUUCCGUCCCAACAUCAUCCUCUACUCAGAGGGUGUGCUGCGCUCCUGGGGGGAUGGCGUGGCUGCCGACUGUUGUGAGACCACCUUCAUUGAGGACCGGUCACCCACCAAAGAGAGCCUGGAGUACCCUGAUGGGAAGUUCAUUGACCUCUCGCCUGACGACAUCAAAAUCCACACACUGUCCUACGACGUGGAGGAGGAGGAGGAAUUCCAGGAGCUGGAGAGUGACUACUCGAGUGACACAGAGAGUGAGGACAACUUCCUCAUGAUGCCCCCAAGGGACCACCUGGGCCUCAGCGUCUUCUCCAUGCUCUGCUGCUUCUGGCCUUUGGGCAUUGCAGCCUUCUACUUGUCCCACGAGACGAACAAAGCCGUGGCCAAGGGCGACUUCCACCAGGCCAGCACUAGCUCCCGGCGGGCCCUGUUCCUGGCUGUGCUAUCCAUCACGAUUGGAACUGGUAUCUACGUGGGCGUGGCUGUGGCCCUCAUCGCCUACCUCUCCAAGAACAACCACCUAUGAGCUUCCUCCAGGCACAUAGAAGAACCUGGGGCCAGUUGUGUGCAGAUGCACAGAAGGCAGGGCUGGCAAGGGGAGGACACACAGACACACCUGUGUGAUGCUGUACACUAUAAAUUAUUGCCAAACGACUCCAUAAAGCCCUGGGAUUUUCUACCCAUGGGUUUCUUUUGUUUUUACCCUUUAAUUUCAUUUUCACAGCACUGUGUAGAGCACGAGGCACAUGGGCACUGCUGACCCUUCCAAAGGGAAGCUCCAAAGAUCCUGACCCUCAAGGCCGUCUCUGGAUGGAUUCUGGUGGAUUCAUGACAGUGCAGCUCUCUCUGCAGCCUGCCAGUGCCUGGAAUGCCAUAGCAUUAGCAAUACACAAACAAUUCAAAUGUGUUUAUUUUUUAUGGAAUAUGGUGCAAUAGGCAGAGGGCAGAGGACUCGUCACUUCUGUCUGUGGCCCUGCUUCACUCCUCCGUCAUUUUCCCUGUCCACGAUCCUUCCCUGCAGGAAGAAAAUGGGGCUGGCAGGAAGAGAGACAGAACUGCUGGCAGUCCUCCCAGCUGCCACUGGUCUUCAGAUGGGCCCAGCCCUAAAAAUGCAAGUCCAGAAUCACAUGGGGUCUGUCUCCAGGCCCAGUGGACACUCCCUCUAUGCUGCCCCCAGCCUAGAAACAUUGGGCCUCCUUUGGAUAUGUCCAAAUUCAGCAGCCACCACGCAGCAAUAUGCAGUCUUGGGGCCUCGUUGAUCUAGGGUGGGGGGCAGUCCACAGUCCCUCCCGAGACCCUUCCCAGAAAGACCCUGAAGUUUGCUCCAGGAACUGUAGGCAAAGGAGCUGUGGAUACCAUCUCAGCAUAAAGAUGCCUGUGUUGACACUCACCCUGGUGAUGAGCAGUGACACCAGUGAUCUUUAAAAGGAAAUGAACCUUCCCUGUCGACUAAAUGAAUAGCUAUUUUCUUGUCAUUUUUUUAAGUGCAACUACUGCUUCAUGCUGCUUAAGUUAUCCGAUGAAUGCUGAGAAAUAAGUAAUCAGACAUUUUAAUACCAUUUCACUGCUGUUUUAUGAGUGUUCAUUAUUUAACAAAAAUUAUCUUUUA